GUUUUCAUUUUAAAUAACAGCACUGGGAUUAGCCUAAGCAAACAUGUCUGCAUUUUACAGCUUGUUGAAUAUGUGAAAUUCUUUAUACCUUUUCAGUGUCUCUAAUUUUUCCCCUUCAUUAUUAACCUUGUGGGCUUGUACUCUUAUUUAAGUUAACAGAAAUCCAAACUUUGUCUGGGUCUAUCAACAUCAGGAUGAGAAGAGGAAUGCCUUUCUCGUGAUUAGCUUCUCCAGCCAGCCAGUAGGUGGGUGUGUUUAACAGAAGAAAGCAGUAGUCGGCUUCCUUCUCUAGCUAAUUAGCUCAGCCAACAACAAAGAUAAGUGAGCCAGGGAGGGAGACCCCCUGAAGGGUCUUUUGAAUCUGGCCAAUGUCUGAUUGGCAGAUGUUGAAAGAGAUUCGUUGGUAAUCCAGUUCAUCAAUGAGCUGCAUAAAUUCAAGACAGGUCUGGAAGAAUUCCGGUAUGUGGACACUUUGUGGAUGCAGUCUGGAAAAAGGCAGCCCAAGAUGGACAGAACUUUGGAAUCUCUACAACACAUCAUUUCUCAAGUCUUGCCCCACAGAAACCCUACACUAGCAUUUAAAGACUUGAACGUUGUGGCAAUGCUUCAGGAAUUCUGGGAGAACAAGCAGAAACAGAAAGGUGUGUUUUCAAGUGAAGGCACUGUGGUAUACGAGUCACUAAACUUGCCUGGGCCUCCGUUUGUAAGUUAUGUCACCUUGCCUGGAGGAAGCUGUUUUGGUAACUUUCAGUGUUCCCUGAGUAGGGCAGAAGCACGACGAGAUGCUGCAAAAGUGGCUCUUAUCAAUUCUCUGUUCAACGAGUUGCCUUGUCGCAAGAUCACAAAGGAAUUCAUUAUGGAGAGUGUCCAGGAAGCUGUUUCUUCCACCAGUGGUACUUUAAAUGAUGCAGAUGAUCCAAGCACAAGUAUUGGAGCAUAUCACUAUAUGCUAGAAUCAAACAUGGGAAAAACAAUGCUAGAAUUUCAGGAGCUUAUGAUUGUGUUUCAACUUCUGCACUGGAAUGGAAGCCUUAAAGCCCUGCGUGAAACUAAGUGCUCUCGGCAAGAAGUGAUUUCCUACUAUUCCCAGUACAAUUUAGAUGAACGGAUGAGAAGUCAUAUGGCACUGGACUGGCUUAAGAAAGAGCAAGAAACACCGGGUGUUAUAUCACAAGAGCUACAAGUGGCACUUAGAGAGCUCGAAGAAGCAAGGAAAGCUGGGCAAGAGCUGCGGUUUUACAAAGAAAAGAAAGAAAUCCUUGGCCUAGCACUGAGUCAGCUGUACAGGGAUUCUGCAGCCACCUCUUCAAAUGAUGAUGAUAUGAGCCUAGCCCUCAAUGACUAUCGCUAG